AUGAGCGCGCGAUUUCGCCUCGCUCACAACCCGAAAAUGUACCUAAACGGGCGAGGGGUACCGCACAGGCAAAAAAGCUCAACAUCCCGUACCAACAGUUCUCAUUCUCGAGCGAAAAGCUCGCGGACUUCGAACGAACUCAUCACAACAGAUUUCGUUCGGAAACACAUAAUCAAUCUGCAACCUUACACACCAAUAAUACCAUUUGAGGUGCUUUCAGAACAACUGCAACGUCCAACUUCGGAAAUCAUCAAGCUAGACGCUAAUGAAAAUCCUUACGGCCCACCUCCAGAGGUCUAUGAUGCACUGCGGACUGUGACCUACCCGCACAUAUACCCAGACCCGGAGUCGCGACGAUUGCGAGCGAUGCUGUCUUCAGAAUGCAAGGUCCCAGCGGAAAACUUGCUUGUCGGGUGUGGUGCAGAUGAGUUGAUAGACUUGCUCUUGCGAGUCGUACUUGAGCCUGGAGAUAAGGUUAUCAACACUCCUCCAACUUUCGGAAUGUAUUCGUUUGACAGUUACAUAAAUGAUGGUUGUGUCAUUGAUGUAAAACGUGGGCCAGCCCCUUCAUUUAGAGUCGACGUUGAUGGGAUUGAACGAGCCGUCGCAGAGCACAAUCCAAAGAUUUUGUUCUUGACGUCUCCAAACAACCCGGAUGGAAGUGUUCUCGAUGAGAGCGAUCUUGAACGUUUACUUUGUCUUCCAGUGCUCGUAGUACUGGACGAGGCAUACGUGGAGUUUAGCUCAAGUUAUACGAGUCGUAUAGCAGAAGUACCCAAUCGUAAGAACUUAAUUGUUCUCCGUACCUUCAGCAAACGUGCUGGACUUGCAGGAAUCCGCGUGGGUUACGGUGCUUUCCCAAACGAACUGAUAGAGUUUAUUUGGCGCGUCAAACAGCCAUACAAUGUUUCAGUAAUUGCGGAGGAGGCCGCUAUGGCAGCCCUAUCAAACCCCACUUAUUUGCAGGAUGUUCGUGACAAAAUUGUGUGCGAACGCGCGCGCUUGUUCACUUUAUUGUCGCAGUUCGAUUUUAUGGAUCCUUUUCCUUCAGAAUCCAAUUUUAUUUUGUGCAGGGUUACGGGAGCAAGUGCAGAGUUCAUAAAAAAAAGUUUACUUGCGCGCGGGAUCGUCAUUCGGUAUUACUCGUCACCUAAAGAGAUAUCGGAUUGCAUCCGUAUUUCUGUCGGUAGACCAGAAGACACUGAUGCCAUCAUUGCUGGUUUGACAUCAAUUUCGAGCAAAUGA